AUGGACCACUCGUCAAGUCCCUCCUCCAUCCUGCCUCCUUCGGUCCCCGUCGCCUGUCUCAACUGUCGCGAAAAGCAUCUCAAGUGCGAUGGUAAUCUGACGGGAUGUACCCGGUGCAAAGACCUAAGUCUCUUUUGCCACUUUGUACCGAGUCGCCGAGGGAGACGAGGGCGGCCUUGGCCAUACUCAGGUGCAAUAGGAGACUACCCUCCACUGCCUGUCGAGCCCACGGGAAAUGCAAUGAUGACUCCUUUCGAAUCCUUGGCAUGUGCUGCUCCUGAAGGAAAUGUCAUCUAUUCUUCACUCCCCUCUUCGGUCGACAACCAGCUGGUUCCGCUAUUUUUCCUCCAUUUCCAUCAAGCGCAUCCAUUCUUGCCGCCUCGUGACGCAUUCCUGCAUUCUUCUCCCCCUGGCUACUUGCUGGAUGUGGUACAGUUCAUCAGCCUACAUUACCUCCCUGCGAGUAAUGUUCCGGACCACACCCAUCAGCUAAGAACAGCCGUUCAGGAGGCAGAUGCCAGUCUUGAAAAGGUACAGGCGCUUUUGCUUCUGUCUAUCAUCAUGCAUGCACGAACCCAACCACGAGAGGCAAAGGAAUGCCUUGGACAGGCAAUUGCUUUGAGUCUAGAGCUUGGGCUUCACUGUCGUGAAUUUUCCGACGCUAUGGAGAUCCAGAAUCCUGUGGGGGCUGAGAUCGACGGCGCUUUGCAGCUGACGAUAGAGACACCGGAUCUUCCCCUGCCUUGUGAAAUGGACGAAUACCAGGAUGGCCGCUUGGGAAUCGUUCCAACCUCUCUCCGCGAUAUGGAUCGUCAGGCCCUGUUUCACAAUGAUGGCGAUUUCUCUUCUGCGGCGUAUAGGGUUGAAGCAGCCACCAUACUUCGAAGGUGCCUGAUAGCGAGUGGUAAUCAUGUCUCCCAUGAAACUAUUAAUAUUCUCGAUGUCACCAUCUCGGCCUGGUUUCACCGUUUGCCUAGUGGCAAACAGGCUAUGUUGCAUCAUAACGGUGACGUGGAUCAAAUGAUCUUUCAAUCUUUCAUGAUAAUGCACUGCGCUUCAAUAUACUUACACUUUCCGAAAUCAUACCUCCUCGCCUUCCUGCCCGUGACUAGUCACAUCUUUUGCUCUCGACCCCCAACCUUCACGUCUAGCUCAGCAAAUCCUCAAAUACACACAGCCAAAGUAUACGGUGCGGCGGUUAACCUAUCCAAGCUAGCUUCCUUAACGACCACCGUGACUAGUCAUAGCCCCUUUUUUGUCUGCACGCUAGUUCUAAGCUCCAUCGUCCAACUCGCCAUCUUUACUGCUGAUCCCCAGCAGUCGACUCGCACAGGCCGCAACUUCCUAGCGUUGAACAUCGGCGUCCUAAAGUCCAUGGGGCCUAUGUGGGCGAUUGCGGCGGCUUCGAUGGCCCGGAUCCGCGACGUGGCUAUCGAGGUGGAGUCAGCGCUUGCCGGGGAGCGCAGAGGCCUGUUAGAUGAUCAACUAACUCAGUCCGCGUUAGUCGACUCUCAAGAAUUGGACUUAACACUCCUAUGA